CGAUCCGUCUGCACGGAUAUUAAAUUGAGGGUGUUUUUAUCGACUUCAUGACUUUUAAUUUCCUCAAUAAAAUGAUAUUAGCUAUGCGAGUGGGAAAGGAAAAUCUUUUAGGGAAUAAUUGCUCCAAACGUCACGAAUAAUUUUAACACUACGAGUGAUCGAUAAAUGUUUGUAUUGUUGUUUGAACAAAAAGUCUGUUUUUAUUCUAAAAUUAUAUUAUUACAUUGGAAUAUUGACUUAUUAUAAAAUUUAUGGCUCGAACUUUUAACAGUGAAAAAACGUGAAAUGGAUAUUUCAAAAACCUAACUUAUCCUUAAAGUUAGAAUGCAGUGAACAAUGUCGGGUGGGAACUCAUCCAAAAACAAGGCGCGCUCCUCCAAACGCCAGGAGGGAUGGGAGGAGGCUGGCGGGGAGUUCUACCAGGAGUUAUACCCUGGGCAAGAACAGGAACUCUUCGAGAAUCUCCAGAGAGCUGAUGCUGCCAAGUUGGCUACGCUGCUGCCCUCCAAACAAGCCAGGAAUACGACGACGGUGAAGCGCGUCCGGUCGCAGAAUGAGCGCCGCCAGUCGACAUACGCGCGCACGACGCAGAGCCGCGACAUACACCUCGCCAUGCUGCCAGAUCUGUCCGAAAAUCUGUCAAACGAAGAACGCACGUGGGAGGAGAUUAUGCAAAUCAAGGCUAUGCCAAUACCCAUGAUGCAGAAACGAGAUCUGAAAGCGAGACUACAGAACGCUACAAAACUCCGCCUGCAAGGUCUGGAGCAUCUGCACUGGAAACGGAGGAAAGUGUGGAACCGUCUCCGAAUACGGUUCAGCGAGAUCGUGGGCAAGCUCGAGCUGUGGCAGUCGGCCAUGAGGGAGAUCGAGGGCACCUUCGGCACCGGCGUCGUCUCCUACUUCCUCUUCAUUAGGUGGCUUCUGUUCCUCACGAUCUUCGUGUCAGUAAUUGUAGGUUUGUUCAUUAUUUUACCAAACGAAUUGCUAGUCGAGAGACACUUGAAUUGUGAUGAGUACGAGACAAACUCAUCUGUGUGCUGUUCCCAAGCAUAUUUAGGUAGGAAUUCCACUGACUCCAAUGUGGUACUCGAUGUGAUCCAAGGUACAGGGUGGAUGGAACGUACCAUCCUGUUCUACGGUGUGUACAGCGAUCAAAUCUAUAGAUAUGAGUUGAGAAGUGUAUGGGAUGCUGAACUGUACUACGAUAUGCCAUUAGCAUAUAUACUAGUGCCCAUAACCACGGCGUUGUUCUGGCUGAUAGCCAUUGUAAGGUCGGCCGCUAAAGGCUUCAAAGAGAAACUGGUGGAGAGCGAAGGACAGUUCUACAUGUACUGUAACUUGGUGUUCGGAGGCUGGGACUUCUGCAUUCACAACGAGAAGUCAGCAAAAAUAAAGCACAAAGCGCUAUUCAACGAAAUCAAAGGUUGUUUAGAAGAGCAGAGGUUCAAAGAGGAGAGGCAGCUUCGCACAAGGGAGGGUCAAAUCUUGAUAUAUUUCAAACGACUGUUUAUAAACGUAAUUGUAAUUAUUAUACUAAGCGCAUCGGGAUAUCUUAUUUAUAAGACAUUUAAUUAUUCACUGGAUAGGUUAAACGACAUAGCACAAAGUCCGGAUUAUGCCGAGUCGGGAAAUCGUACGGCGCAGAGACUAACUUUCAGCCAGCUGAGUUUGGACAAGAGUGAAAGUAUACGUAAAUACAGAGAGAGUUUCGUGGGACAAUUAGGUGUUACGUUUCUAGAAUUCCUGCCGUUCCUCUGCAUAGUAGUGCUAAACAAAAUCGUUCCGGAAAUCUUCGGUUACUUAGUCCAAUUCGAAGAUUACAAUCCGGCAAAUAUUCUGAACAUUACCUUAUUGCGAACGGUUCUGUUGAGGUUGUCUUCGCUAGUCGUUCUCUUAAGUCAAAUAUAUAUGUACAUAAGUCUCAAUGGUAGAGUGUGCUCUUAUAACGCUGAAGAACAGCUAGGCCUCGAAUGCUGGGAAACAUACGUGGGCCAGCAACUGUACAAGCUUAUUUUGACCGACAUAGCUUUCCAGCUUUUCAUCACGUUCAUCAUAAACCUUCCGAGAGCGUGCAUUGCUCGCCACACAAGGAAUAGGUUCUUGAAACUCAUCGGCGAGCAGGACUUCUAUUUGCCAAAACACGUGUUAGACAUCGUAUAUAUACAAACUAUAAUAUGGAUGGGCUCGUUCUUCUGUCCGUUCCUCCCGAUUGUGGGCACCAUAUUCUACUUCCUGAUCUUCUAUAUCAAAAUGUUCACGUGCCUGAAGAACUGUAUCCCAUCCCCAGUAGUAUACAGGGCGUCGAAAUCUAAAUCUCUCUUCAUGUACGUUCUUCUAUUUGGGUUUGUGAUAUCCAUCGCUCCUGUGGGUUACUCGGUCGCCGAGAUCCUCCCAUCAAUGAAUUGUGGUCCCUACAGAGGGUACGACACCGUUUGGGCGUACGUUAUACAAACAUUCAGUACGUUCCCGUACUUUUUCCGGGAGGUCAUAUUCCUGUUGGGCACCUCGACAUUCGCGGUGCCAGCAUUUGCUAUUCUGCUGCUAUUGUUGUAUUAUUACUGGGCAGUCGCCACAGCCAACCGGCAUAUGGUCGACGUACUGAGGAACCAGCUCGUUCUAGAAGGACGCGAUAAGCAGUUCCUUCUAAAUAGGCUCAGUGCGUUCAUACGACAGCACCAGAAACGGUGCGAGAGGCGGAACCGCGCCAGCUUCGCGGACGACGACUCGUCGAUUAGGCAAAGUUCUAGAUAAUCGAUUUGAAUUCUAGUAAAGAUAUAAAGUCGAAUAGGCUGGGUAGAAGUGGCACUUGUAUACUUUGAUCUGUGACAAUGUCACCAAAAUGUACCACUUCCUUCUGAUCACGCAAAGUUUAGGAGGAUUGUCACAAAUUUAUUAAUAAUUUAAGAUAUGAUGUUACUUAAGUGUGAGUAAGCGAGACGCACGUUCUCAUUGUGCUGUUGGUCCAAUAACAGAUAUAUUAGAUAUAGAUCCAGUACAUAAUUUCGAUUUUAAUAUAAAUAUCCGAUCGGUAUGGGCGAUAUCGAAAUGAGCGACACAGAAACCCAAUAUAUAUUUAUUAGACAUUAUUGGUAUUGAUCCAAUAUAUUGCAUUCUUUUCUUUUCUUUUUUUUUUUAUACAACUUAAAAUGGCAAACAAGCUGACGGCCCACCUGAUGGAAAAUGGUAACCGUCGCCUAUAAACAUGAGCAGUACCAUGGACAUAACAGAGUAUACUGUUUCGCCCAUGAUACCCCCCAUGCGUUGCCAUUCCUGAGGGCUCAGGUGUUAUUCCUCCGUACCCAGUAAAUUCACGCCAUAUCCAACCCUUCAAACCGAAACACAGCCAUGCAAACACAACUGCUUCACGGUAGAAACACGAAUGAGACAGAGGUGCCCAAGCAAACGACUUUUGUACAAAGUCUCCCUCUGGUAACGUCUUUUGCACAUUGAUGGCGAUCGGAUUCUUUAUUUCAUUAAAUGUUGCAUAACAAACAUUUAACAGAUUCAUUAUUGGGCCAAUAUAUAUAGAUAUUGUAAUUGAAAUAUAUAGAUAUUGCUGUAUAUUGCCCAGCCCUAAUAGAUAUUGAUUACUGUUGCUCGCGAGCUCCGACUGAUUUAGCUCUUAAUAGGCCGCGGGUCGUAAGCGCAUCAACGUAGUUAGUUACUAUUAUUAAAUUCACGGAUAUGCCCGUUCUACCCACUUAUUUAUUCUUGUAGUAAAGCUCUAUGUAUAUUAGGAUCUUCUGUCCGCGGUAGAAAUAUCGUUUUGUCUUGCUUAUCUAACUUCUCUAAAGAAGUAGCAAACGAAUCUACUGAUAGAAUCGAUUCGUUUAGCUCGCUUGAGAAAAAGCAAGACGGCGCCGUCGUAUAAGAAGUGGAGGUAGACCGGUAAUGUCGAACUAGGAACAAAUUACCCGAUAAGACAUAACUAUUGCUAUUUUAGUUCCCAUUUGACUAACUGGAUGUAUACAGUUGUAAAAUCUUAUUAACAAUGCUCUCAAUAAGCCAGUGCCGGCUUUAGGGGAGGGGCAACGCGUCUUAAACAAAUCAUGGAUGGGGCCAUCACUAAUUGUUACUAUUUAUUAAAAAAAAAAAAGUUAAAACAGACGGGGUUUUGUCUUAUUUUUACUGUUGAUUGGUGUUUUAUUUGAGAGUUACUAACCAGGUACCUGAAUAUUUAUUUUUUUAGUUUCCAAUUUUAGAGUAAUUUGUAUACAAAUUAUCGAUCUCCUUUUCGCCAUUUUUGGUAAAAUAAAUUUUCGAAUAUCUUCUCCUAUAGACAAACACUAUAUAUAUAUAUAUA